UCCAGAUUAGUGAAGUCGCCGCGUAUCCCACCUCAGACCCAGACGACAUCGAGACCUACUUAAUUCAUUGUCACAGUCGUGAGAACUGCGAGUACGGGUCUCGGUUCGGAAGCUUGGUCUACCUAAACCAAAAGUGCACCUUCAGGCACUGACACUCUCGAGGACAGCAGCGUUUCGGCUCCGGUUUCGACGUUUGACCAGGACGGGACUUCCCGGAUUGCCUGAUUGCCUGAUUGCUGCCUCGCCAGCCAGCCAAGCCAGUCUGCCGCCGCUGGAUCCUCGCGAUUUCAAAGCACCGAGCUUGUCCUUAUUGUCGUUCCAUUUUCACGUUGUACGGAAACGCACAUCAUCACCAGUGCAUAUCCUUACCAUUCCCGAGUGCAUUAUCUCAGCUUGUCGUGCUUGAUCCUCUGGCCUUUAGCCCCUUCACAACCACCCACACACAUCAUGUUCUCUUCGAGACGCGGCGACGCGUCCAGGGCAGCACCAGCAAAUGUUCAGUGCCAGAAAUGCCUGAAGAAAGGGCACUACUCAUAUGAGUGCAAGGCAGCUCCUCAGGAGAGACCCUAUAUAGCCAGGCCUUCUCGCACUCAGCAGCUCUUUAACCCCAAGCUACUGCCAAAGCUCUCAAACGAGGUGCCCGAUGCUCUUCAGCGGAAGAAAGGUGUAGCCGACGAGGAGUUGGCCAAGAAGGAGGCUGAGCGGGCAAAGAAGCGCGCACUUGAGGAAGAAGACGAAGAGGAUACGGCCCCCAACGACUCGCCACCGAAGCGACGGAGGUCUCACUCCUACGACUCAGUGUCUACCAUUUCCACGCGCUCGCCGUCUCCCGCGCCGCCACCGAGACGUGUUUCCCGAUCUCCGCCCAGAGUCAAGGCUCGUGACCUUUCGCUUUCUCCCAGACCAUCGCACAGCCGCCGGCGUUCUACUGCGUCCAGUGACGGCCACUCCAGCCAGCUGUCGCGCAGCCCAGAGAGCCCAGAGAGGGGCUAUUCACGCAGAGCCCCGCCAGGCGCCCGUUCGCCCUCACCUCCUCCGGUACGGGUUUCCAAGCGGUCACGCCGCGGUGGACACUCGGGCAGAGACUAUGGGAGAGCAGCACCGGCCGAGCGGCAUUAUUCUAGAUCCAGAUCGCCAACACGGUCUCCAGUUGGUAGGAGAGACCAGCAGCAGAGGCCCAAUUAUCGAGAUCGAGACAAUCAUAGCCAGCAGGGAACAAGACUUCCGCCUCGGCGGGAGCCCUCUCCGCCGCCCAGGGAGCGAAGUCUGAGCCCCUUUAGCAAGAGGUUAGCGCUAACGCAGUCGAUGAAUAUGGGUAGAUAGGAUGGGCUGAUAGGACACGGGUAUCAAAAUGUAUGCAUACUUGAUUGCGUUUUCCAAACAAAGCAAAAAAAGAUCCUCGUGUGCCAGUCAGAAACGUC